CUUUGACCUGUUGGAGCAGACGACUUGAAGGAAAGGGGGUGGACCACAUCAUGUAUCAUGGUUUCGAAUGUUUCUUCGCAUUUCUUCUUAUUUAGGUGCAUGGAUAGAAGAUGACCAUGGGUGAAACAUUCCCCACCCCAGACUUGUCCCACCUUACCGCAGAAGACUACGAUCACGUGUAUGAACCCGCCGAGGACACCUUCCUCCUAAUGGAUGCCCUGGAGAAGGACGCUGACCUCUUACGAUCCAUCGCACCUUCCAUCUGCUUGGAAGUGGGUUGCGGAUCCGGCGCUGUGAUCACUUUCCUUGGAUCCAUCCUUGGAUCACGACCACACUACCUCUGCACGGAUCUCAACCCGCGCGCCGCAGAGUGCGCCGCCAGGACGGGAACACAGAACAACAUCUCCGUCCAUCCCGUCUUGACGGAUCUAGUUUCCGCGCUGUUACCACGGUUGGAGAACAAAGUUGAUGUGAUGAUUUUUAACCCGCCGUACGUCGUGACUCCACCGGAGGAGGUGGGAUCGCACGGGAUCGAAGCGUCGUGGGCUGGCGGUGUCAAAGGUCGCGAGGUCAUGGACCGCUUCUUCCCCCUUGUUCCAAGACUGCUGUCGGACAAUGGAGUGUUUUACCUGGUCACUAUUGAGCAGAAUGACCCAGAGGAGAUUGGAUGUAAGAUGAGAGAAUUUGGGUUUACUAUGGACAAGGUUAUGAGUCGAAAGGCUGGUCCGGAGAAACUUGCCAUUCUCAGGUUUUCUUCAUGUAAACGAACAAUGUAGUAAGAAGAUGUAAAAUGUAAGAAAAAGUUUGAAUAAAAUGAAAUCCAAAAAUGUAUAAAAUAUAAUGUUAACUCUGGAGAAAUUUUGAUACAA